GAGAGAGAGUAGCAACAAAAGCAGCUGGUUGCCUUGUUGUACGCAACGUCUCUUAUCUCCUUGGAAGAAACACAAGGAAUAUGGCUAGCAUAUCAGAAGAAGAACUGCUUCGAAUGGUCAGAGAUUUCAUUGAAUCAGAGUCAGCCUCUCCUAUCUCACCUCCAUCUUCAAAUACUAUGUCUCACAAUGAUCAGCACGCAUAUCUCACCUUACAGGAGAUAAUUCGACGGGCUACAAAGGUUGAGGUUGACGUCCUAGAGAAAAUAUUGGUGCAUGUAAAGGAAAUGGGAAUUGCAAGGGAACCUACUCCUCUGAAGAAAAGUUUAGUGGCAAGACUGAAAAUGGAUGGCUAUGAAGCUUCUCUCUGCAAAACUUAUUCAGUUUGCACUCUCGGUCGCUCUAAAGGUGAUUAUGAAUACAUUGAUGUCAUGGUGGGAGAUAGUAAUGGUGAUGGCAAACCAGAAAGGCUGAUUGUAGAUAUGGAUUUUAGGUCUCAUUUUGAAGUUGCAAGGCCUACACCAACCUACAAGGAGCUAACUGAUGCCAUUCCUACUGUCUUUGUUGGGACUGAAGAAAAGCUAAAGAAAAUCAUCUCUCUACUUUGCCAAGCUGCAAAAGAAUCACUCAAAGAGAGGGGCCUCCACAUUCCUCCCUGGAGAAAAGCCAGCUACAUGCAGUCCAAAUGGCUUUCCAAGGACUACAAGAAAGUCUCAGUUCCAAUCACCAACAUGGAUUAGGGUUUGGGUUUAAGCCUCCACAUUAAGCAAAAGGGCAGCACCAAUUUUGGAGCCAAUGAAGAAGUUCAAGGGAUGCUUUUUGAGUUUUGCCCAUAGUUCCUCUAUUUUUUCUUUCUUUGAAGUGGGAUAUAAGUUGAAACUGAUUUUGGGGGAGGUUUAUCCCUUCUGUUCAUGAAUUUUUGUGUCCAUUUUGUUGGUUGAGACCAUAAACUUCUCUGUCCAGGUAUUUUGCUGCUUCAGAUUU